GACUGCGAGGGGGAGGAAGCGGGAGCGCGGGGGGCUGCGGGGGCCCGGGCGGGGACGGAGCCGCGGGCAGGACGGGGACGGAGCGGCCACCCCGGGGGCAGGACGGGGCCGGAGCCACCACCCCGCGGGCACAGCCGGCCCGGGACGGCGGCGGCUGCGCCGAGGGGUCCCCGGCCCGUGUCCCCCCUCCCUUAGCGGCGGGAGCGCGGCGAUGGCGAUGCUGCUGCAGCCCGGGAUGCAGAGCCCGCGGAUGGGAGCCAACGGCGAGCGGGGCCCGACGCCCACCCCCCCCGGCACGCCCGGGACCCCCCACGAGAGCUGCAGCAUCGCCCCCCUGACGCCCUCCCAGUCACCCAGGAGCGAGGCCCGUUCCCAGCAGGGCCCCUCCUUCGCCGUGGUCGUGGCCAUCGACUUCGGCACCACGUCGAGCGGCUACGCCUUCAGCUUCACCAGCGACCCCGAGGCCAUCCACAUGAUGAGGAAAUGGGAAGGGGGGGACCCGGGGGUGGCCAACCAGAAGACCCCCACCAGCCUGCUGCUGACCCCGGAGGGCGCCUUCCACAGCUUCGGCUACACCGCCCGCGACACCUACCACGACCUGGACCCCGAGGAGGCCCGCGAGUGGCUCUACUUCGAGAAGUUCAAGAUGAAGAUCCACAGCACCAGCGAUCUGACCAUGAAAACCGAGCUGGAGGCCGUCAACGGGAAGAAGAUGCCGGCGCUGGAGGUGUUCGCCCACGCCCUGCGCUUCUUCAAGCAGCACGCGGUGCAGGAGCUGCAGGAGCAGUGCCCGGCGCUGCCCGAGCGCGGUGCCAUCCGCUGGGUGCUCACCGUGCCCGCCAUCUGGAAGCAGCCGGCCAAGCAGUUCAUGCGGGAGGCGGCCUACAAGGCCGGGCUGGUGUCCCCGGAGGAGCCGGAGCAGCUCCUGAUCGCGCUGGAGCCCGAGGCCGCCUCCAUCUACUGCCGCAAACUGCGGCUGCACCAGCUCGUCGAGCUCAGCUGCCGCCCCCCCAGCAACGGCCUGGAGGCCCCACACAUCGACUCCAGCUUCAGGCAGGCCCGGGAGCAGCUCCGGCGGUCCCGGCACAGCCGCACGUUCCUGGUGGAGUCGGGCGUGGGGGAGCUGUGGUCGGAGAUGCAGGCAGGUGACAGGUACGUGGUGGCGGACUGCGGCGGGGGGACGGUGGAUCUGACCGUGCACCAGAUCGAGAAGCCGCAGGGGACGCUGAAGGAGCUGUACAAAGCCUCGGGGGGUCCCUACGGGGCCGUGGGGGUGGACCUGGCGUUCGAGAAGCUGCUGUGCCAGAUUUUCGGGGAGGAUUUCAUCGGCACGUUCAAGGCGCGGCGCCCCGCCGCCUGGGUGGACCUGACCAUCGCCUUCGAGGCGCGGAAACGCGCGGCCGCCCCGUCCCGCUCCAGCCCCCUCAACAUCUCCCUGCCCUUCUCCUUCAUCGACUUCUACCGCAAACACCGCGGGCACAACGUGGAGACCGCGCUCCGCAAGAGCAAUGUGAACUUUGUGAAGUGGUCGUCGCAGGGGAUGCUCCGGAUGUCCCCGGAGGCCAUGAACGAGCUCUUCCAGCCCACCAUCACCCACAUCAUCCAGCACAUCGACUCCCUGCUGAAGAAGCCGGAGGUGGAGGGCGUCAAGUUCCUGUUCCUGGUCGGGGGCUUCGCGGAGUCCCCGGUGCUGCAGCGGGCGGUGCAGGCGGCCUUCGGCGCCCGCUGCCGCCUCGUCGUCCCGCAGGACGUGGGGCUCACCAUCCUCAAGGGCGCCGUGCUCUUCGGCCUCGACCCCGGCGUGGUGCGGGUGCGGCGCUCGCCCCUCACCUACGGCGUGGGCGUCCUCAACAAGUUCGUGGAGGGGAAGCACCCGCGGGAGAAGCUGCUGGUCAAGGAGGGCCGCAACUGGUGCACCGACGUCUUCGAGAAGUUCGUGUCCGUGGACCAGUCGGUGGCGCUGGGGGAGGUGGUCCAGCGCAGCUACUGCCCCGCGCGGCCCGGCCAGCGCCGCACCCUCAUCAACAUCUACUGCAGCGCCCGCGACGACGUGCGCUACAUCACCGACCCCGGCGUGCGCCACUGCGGCACCAUCAGCCUCCAGCUCGACGGGGACGGCGGGGACGGGGGGCGCGGGGGGCGCGGGGGGGACGCCGGCCCGGCGCGGGGCCGCAGGGAGAUCCGGGCCAGCAUGCAGUUCGGGGACACCGAGAUCAAGGUCACCGCCGUGGACACCCGCACGGCGCGGACGGUGCGGGCCACCAUCGACUUCCUGUCCAACUGAGCCCCACCAUCGACCUCCUGUCCAACUGAGCCCCACCAUCGACCUCCUGUCCAACUGAGAGCCCUGGGACUGCCACCAUCUACCAGGACCUGCCACCAUUGACCAGGACCUGCCACCAUCGACCUCCUGUCCAACUGAGACACCUGGGACUGCCACCAUUGACCUCCUGUCCAAUUGAGCCCCACCAUCGACUGCCUGUCCAACUGAGACACCCCGGGACCUGUCACCAUCAACUUCCUGUCCAACUGAGAGCCCUGGGACUGCCACCAUUGACUUCCUGUCCAACUGAGACACCCCAGGACUGCCACCAUCCACCAGGACCUGUCACCAUCGACCUCCUGUCCAACUGAGAGCCCUGGGACUGCCACCAUCCACCAGGACCUGUCACCAUCUACCAGGACCUGUCACCAUCAACUUCUUGUCCAACUGAGACAUUCUGGAACUGCCACCAUUGACUUCCUGUCCAACUGAGACACCUGGGACUGCCACCAUCGACCUCCUGUCCAACUGAGCCCCCACUAUCAACUGCCUGUCCAACUGAGCCCCAUCAUCAACCUCCUGUCCAACUGAGACACCCCGGGACUGCCACCAUUGACCAGGACCUGCCACCACCAACUUCCUCUCCAAUUGACACCUGAGACCCCCAGGACACCCCCCACUUUCAACUUCCUCUCCAAUUGAGACCCCCCCCAUCAUCACGGGGACCCCUGGGACCAUGAGGGCCAGCAUGGACUUCCCCUCCACCCGAGACCCCCCAGGACCUGCCACCAUCGAUUUCCUCCCCAAAUGAGACCCCCUGUCACUGUGGGCACCCCGAGGAUCUGCCACCCACUUGGUCACUCCAGCUGAGACCCCCCAGGCCCUGACCUGCUACCACCCAUUUCCCUCCCAGCUGAGACCCCCUGGAGCUGCCACCAUCACCCUCCUGCCCAGCUGAGACCCCCGGGAGUGCCACCAUCACCCUCCUGCCCAGCUGAGCCCCCCCAUAGCUGUGGGGACCCCAGGACCUCCCCAGCUGAGCCCCCCUGUCCCCAUGGGACACCCAGGACCUGCCUGCCCCUCUGGACCCCCCCAGCCCCGCUCUGGGCCCCCCCUGGGCACAAAGGGCCGGGCAGAGGGGACACUGAUGGCCCUGGGCCCCCCUGGGCCCCCCUGCCCCGGGACACCCCAAAAGUGCUGCCGGGGAGCGCAGCACCGAAACCUCCCACCCAGUGGGGUCUGAUGGGGGGGCUGCACUCCAAGGGGGGGCCCCAAACACAGGUAAGGAGCACCAUGGAGCCCCCAGGCCCCCCUUGCUGUGUUUGUAUAUAUAUAUAUAUUACAUGUCCCCCACACUCCCAGCCGGGACAGGGACAGUGACACGGGGGGGACAUGGGCCCCCACCCUCCCCCUGCCCCCCUUUAACUGGAAUUCGCCCCCCACCCCACCCAGGACUGUUUGGGAUCAUCCCUGGACACCCCUCCCCACACCCCAGGGAGCACAAAUCACUGUCCCUGACCCCCCCCCCCCCAGCCUGGGGGUGUCCCCUGUCCCCCCACCCUGUGCUCCCGGGGGGGUUAAUGCAGGGGAACUGGGCUCCAGCCCCUUCCCAGGGGGGUUUUAUUAUUUCCCAAGGUGGCAUUUUGUACUUUGGCCCCCCCCUCGUGCAUCCCCAGGCAUGUAAGAUAACUCUAUAUUUAUAUAUAUAUAUAUAUAUAUAUAUAUAGGCACAUAAAGCCUCCUGUUGCUUCAGAAA